CCAUGGACCGCGUGAGCAGCACCAUGAAGCAGGUGGCCAACCCGCUGCCCAAAGUGCUGAGCCGGCGGGCGGGCGGCGGCGGCGGCCUGGAGGCGGAGCGGGAGAGCUUCGAGCGCGCCCAGACCGUCAGCAUCAAUAAGGCCAUUAAUGCGCAGGAAGUGGCUGUCAAGGAGAAACACGCCAGGACGUGUAUCCUGGGCACACACCACGAGAAGGGAGCCCAGACCUUCUGGUCAGUGGUGAACCGGCUGCCACUGUCCGGCAAUGCCGUGCUCUGCUGGAAGUUCUGCCACGUCUUCCACAAGCUCCUCCGGGAUGGACAUUCCAAUGUCCUGAAAGACUCCGUGAGAUACAAGAAUGAGCUGAGUGACAUGAGCAGGAUGUGGGGCCACCUGAGCGAGGGCUACGGGCAGCUCUGCAGCAUCUACCUCAAACUGCUGAGAACCAAGAUGGAAUUUCACACCAAGAAUCCCCGCUUCCCUGGCAAUCUCCAGAUGUCCGACCGGCAGCUGGACGAGGCCGGGGAGAACGACGUGAACAACUUUUUUCAGCUGACGGUGGAGAUGUUUGACUACCUGGAGUGUGAGCUGAACCUCUUCCAGACAGUGUUCAGCUCCCUGGACAUGUCGCGCUCGGUGUCGGUGACGGCGGCGGGGCAGUGUCGCCUGGCCCCGCUCAUCCAGGUCAUCCUGGACUGCAGCCACCUCUAUGACUACACCGUCAAGCUGCUCUUCAAGCUCCACUCGUGUCUGCCAGCGGAUACGCUGCAGGGCCACCGGGAUCGCUUCCUGGAGCAGUUCCGAAAAUCCCAGAACCCCCCCAACUUCCUGCGAGCCUCGGCGCUGUCGGAGCACAUCAGCCCUGUGGUGGUGAUCCCUGCUGAGGCGUCCUCCCCUGACAGCGAGCCCAUCACAGACCUGGUGGAGAUGGACACGGCCUCGCAGAGCCUGUUUGACAACAAGUUUGACGACAUCUUCGGCAGCGCCUUCAGCUGCGACCCCUUCAACUUCAACAGCCAGAACGGGAUGAACAAGGAUGACAAGGACCGGUUAAUCGAGCAGCUCUACGGGGAGAUCGCAGCCCUGAAGGAGGAGCUGGAGAACUUCAAGGCCGAGAGCGCACGGGGUGCGGUGCAGCUGAGGGGCCGUGCCAGCGAGCUGGAGGCUGAGCUGGCCGAGCAGCAGCACCUGAAGCAGCAGGCGCAGGACGAGAGCGAGUUCCUGCGCACGGAGCUGGAGGAGCUCAAGAAGCAGCGGGAGGACACCGAGAAGGCUCAGCGGAGCCUGACGGAGAUCGAGAGACGGGCGCAGGCCAACGAGCAGCGCUACAGCAAACUGAAGGAGAAGUACAGCGAGCUGGUGCAGAACCACGCCGACCUGCUGCGCAAGAACGCGGAGGUGACCAAGCAGGUGACGGUGGCCAGGCAGGCCCAGGGGGAUGUGGAGCGGGAGAAGAAGGAGCUGGAGGACUCCUUCCAGAGGGUGAGCGAGCAGGCACAGAGGAAGUCUCAGGAGCAGGCAGAGGUGCUGGAGACGCUGAAGCGGGAGCUGGCAGCCAGCAGGCAGGAGCUGCAGGUGCUCCAGGGCACACUGGAGUCCAGCACGCAGGCGGGAGCGGAGCAGAACUCCCGGAUCAGCAGCCUGGAGCAGGAGCGGGACCGGCUGAGCCAGGCAGCGGAGCGGCACGGGCAGGACAUGGCAGCGCUGCGGGCAGAGCUGCAGCAGCUGCGGGACACGCUCAGCCGGGAGCAGGAGAGCAGCAGGACCGAGCUGGAGUCGCUGCAGACCCAGCUGAGAGACAAGGAGGGCGCAGAGCAGGCGCUGCAGCGGCGCCUGGCCGAGGAGCAGCGAUCCCUGCUGCGGGGCACCGCCCGCGAGGCCGAGCGGAUGGUGCAGGAUGCCCUGGCUCGCAUGGAGGAUCCCGCCCACAUCGGCUGCACCGGCUCGGCAGAUUGCCUCCUGUCCCGCACGCUGGCAGCCUCCGAGUGCGUGGAGCGGCUGCGGGACGCACACGGCAAGUACCUGUCGGAUGGCACAGCCCUGGGCUCCCUGCUGCCCUGCCUGGCCCUCUUCGCCCACCUGGUCAGCGACACCCUCCUGCAGGGCAGCGCGACCUCCCACGUGGCCCCCGUGGAGCCCGCUGACCGUCUGCUGGAGCUGUGCAGGCAGUGUGGCAGCGAGGCCCUGAGCUACCUCAGUGCCCUGCAAGACCCAGGGACAGUGGGAGGUGCUGACUGCAGCCCAGUGACAGCCUGCCUGGGCCGGAUCAGCACCAUUGCAGAGGAGCUGCGUCCCAGAGGGCUGGACGUCAAGCAGGAGGAGCUGGGUGACCUGGUGGACAAGGAGAUGGCGGCGACGGCCGCGGCCAUCGAGACGGCGUCUGCCCGCAUCGAGGAGAUGCUGAGCAAGGCACGGGCCGGUGACACUGGGGUCAAACUGGAAGUGAACGAGAGGAUCCUGGGCUCCUGCACGGGCCUCAUGCAGGCCAUCCACGUCCUGGUCCUGGCCUCCAAGGACCUCCAGAGAGAGAUCGUGGAGAGUGGACGGGGAGCAGCAUCCCCCAAGGAGUUCUACGCCAAGAAUUCCCGCUGGACCGAGGGUCUCAUCUCCGCCUCCAAGGCCGUGGGCUGGGGUGCCACCGUCAUGGUUGACGCUGCCGACCUGGUGGUGCAAGGCAAGGGGACAUUCGAGGAGCUGAUGGUCUGUUCCCGGGAGAUCGCGGCCAGCACCGCUCAGCUGGUGGCAGCCUCCAAGGUUAAGGCAGACAAGGACAGCGCCAACCUUUGCAAGCUCCAACAAGCCUCCCGGGGGGUCAACCAGGCCACAGCCGGUGUGGUGGCCUCCACCAAAGCUGGGAGGUCACAGGUGGAGGAGAAAGACAGCAUGGACUUCUCCAGCAUGACACUCACCCAGAUCAAGCGUCAGGAGAUGGACUCGCAGGUGCGGGUGCUGGAGCUGGAGAACCAGCUGCAGAAGGAGCGGCAGAAGCUGGGGGAGCUGCGCAAGAAGCACUACGAGCUGGCCGGAGUGGCCGAGGGCUGGGAGGAGGAUGCUGCAGAGUAGCCCCAGUGGCAGCAGCAGCCCCCGGGGGACACCUGGGGCCUCGCAGGGGACACCCCUGGGACCCCGUUCGAUGCAGCCUUUUGGGAAGAUCCCCACGGAUCCGGUGCAGAAGCCUCCCCGAAGCACACGCCCCCCUCAUCCCCCAGGAGCCGCCUCCGGAGCCCCGGGAGCCACCCGGCGAGGCCCCGGGGCCGGGGGCUCUGCAAAGUGCACGUGUAUUUAUUAGAGCUGCUGGGGGGUGGGGGGGUCUCCGGGGGGGUCUUUAACCCUUUAGUUUUGUUUUUGCACAGAUUCUGGGAACUCUUAGAGCCGGCUCUGGCUGAGCGAGAGCGCUCGGGCUUCUUUCGCCUCUCGCUGCUUUUCCAGCCUUAACCCAGCCCGUGGCUCGGCGUGACCGUCCCCCCGCCCCGGGGAUGAGCCUGCUGAAGGCCCCGGGGGUGCCAGCGGGUGGGGGGCAGCUUUUGGAGUGCUGCUGGGCUUGGUGCUAGGUGUGCUCCCCCUCGGCGGGGGCACCGAGUGCCUUUGGCCACUGCAGGGUGGGGCGGUGGCGUUCCCGUGGGAUACCCUGUCUGGGGACACCGCAGUGCCGGGAGCAGCCGGGAGAGGGGCCGGCAGCAGGAGGGACGCUGCCAUGAGCUCCUACCCCACAUCCCAGGUUCCCAAAACGCCCCCCGCAGCGCCCCCCUGAGCUGGGCUGCCCUGCCCCGACAGAUCACUGUGUUCAUGCCAGCAAUAAACCCUCCGCAAGGUGCUGGGCACGGGGUUGGGCCACCACGGUGCCACCGCACAAGCCACCAGCUCCUGGGGACGGGGGUGUGGCUCUAGGGCAGCACAGAGGGUUUCGGGGGGCAGCCAGGGUGCCCCAAAACCAGAGCACCCCAAAACCAGAGCAAGCAGCUCCCUGUCCCCGCUCGCUUUGGUGCCAUCCCGGUGUCACCACCAGCCUCUUGGGUGCAGGGGGGACUGGUGCCAGCAUGGCCGUGGGGAGAGAUGGGCACUAGCCAGGGAACCUUUGUGCCUUGAGCAGGGGGCUCGGAGGGCAGGGGGGUGUUGCCACCUCCGGGCCCCCCAGAUGUCCCCGUCCCCUGCGGUCCUGCUGGUGCUCCUGCUGGGGCCAGAGCGUCCCUCCCCUGCUGGGGGCAGGAUUU